AUGAAGUUCCUCACCAACAUCCUCCUCUUCAUCGCGCCCAUUGCCCUCGCUCUCCCCACUUCGGUCUCCGAAGAAGCACCCGUUGAGAUUGCUGCUGUCGAGUCCAGACAAUCUUGCUACGUCAAGUGCGGCUCAACAUGCUACACUUCAUCCCAAGUCUCUGCUGCACGCAGUGCGGGUUACAAGCUCUACCAGGCCGGAGACGAAGCUGGUAGCUCGACCUAUCCUCAUCGGUAUAACAACUAUGAGGGCUUUGACUUUUUGGUCUCGGGCCCGUACGAGGAGUUCCCGCUGAGGACUUCGGGUGCCUACACUGGUGGUUCGCCGGGUGCUGAUCGUGUCAUCUUCAACACUGCUGGACAGCGCGCGGGAGAGAUUACACACACUGGUGCCAGUGGCAACGCGUUUGUUGCUUGCUCCGGUUGGUAA